AAGACACGCUUUUUUAUUUUCUUCUUUUCUCCUCACCUCUUUUGUUGCAUUUCCUUUCUACGAAUUUAAUUUCUGUUCACAUUUAUCUUUUUAUUACUCCAAUUCCCGACCACUAGUUCUUACAAAUACAAAACACGCAAGCACAUACAAUACAUACAAUACAUACUCAAAACACAAACAAUGACGAACACAGCUUCGUCUGCCAUGCCACUUCCAGCAAAGGAAAUAAUACUGUCACAGCCUGUCGCAUCGAUGACAGAUAGUAGUAAGCUACCGGCGCUAACGUUUUCACCGUCAACCAAAUUCACAGGCCUUUCGGUUUCACGUCAGAGGUCACAUCAGUCGCAGCAGGACUCGGAAGGCGCAGAGAGUGACUCUGAUGAUUUGCCAAGUGGCCAGCUAGACAGUGCCAUGAAACGCAUGUACCGCGAUAAAGCGCGCGAUGCCAUUAAGAAGGAGCAGGUCCAUAUGGAAGGCUUUUUGUACAAAAAGUCGGGCGGAGGUGCCAGCAAGACUUGGAACAAAAGGUGGUGUGUGCUUCGGUCACAAGCCCUGCUGAUCUACAAGCGGUUCAGCGAGGACAAGCUUAAGCGCAUAGUUCGUGUCGAAGAAAUAGUUGAUGUUCGCACUAUCGAGCGCCGCAACCACUCUUUUGUUUUUGAAAUCGAAACCCCCGACCGCAGCUUUUUCUUUGAGGCAUCGAGUGAACAGGAAAUGCUUUUGUGGAUCGGACGCAUACGCUCUGUGGUCACUGCAUUUAACAACAACAAUAGCAGUGCUAGCAGCAGUAUUAGGCAUUCCUUGGAGAGCCUUGAGUCUCGCCGUCAAUCUGACGAGCAGCAGCAGCAGUUUGCCAAUACAUUGAGGGUUUCGUCGUCACCGCCGCCACCACCGAAGGACUGUGGCGAGCCGUAUUUCAUGUCUUUGCCGUCUGCUGGAAGUCGUCGCAGCCAGAUCAGCGUCAGAGCGGCAAAUUCACUGUUUGCACCGGCUGUUGAAGGCGGUCUGUGCGCGCCACUUGGUCUGCGCAUCGACACGCCGCGAACACUAUCCAAAUCACACGGUGCGUUUGUGCAGUUUGCGUCAGACACAAGCGAAUCAGCAGCUGUAUUGCCGCCAGGCAUUGGCCCAGAGCACGAGCCAGCGCCCAUUGAAGAUCUCGAGGAGGAUGAGGAGCCAGACUUCAACGUCGACCAGCGGCGCGAAAUCGAAAAGCGACUGAUUGAGGACCGCGUCAUCCUGCGCGGUUUCCUCCUGAAGCAGGAUAAACUGCGGCAAUGGCGUCGGCGCUGGUUCGUUCUCCGGCAAAACACCCUGUCCUAUUAUCAUAAUGAGAAGGAAUACGAGGUGAAGCAGAUUCUCAGACGCGAUGACGUGUAUGAUAUCAGAGGCCCCGACCCUUCGACUGCUAAGGCGCGAUCAUUGCGGCGCACGUAUUUUAAAAUAGUCACGGAGAAGCGCAACUAUUGGUUGGCGCAUGAUGAUGCUGGGAAGGCGCGCGAGUGGUUUGCCGUUUUGGUUCGGUGGCAGGAGGGCGCGGAUGUCAGUCCGAUUUCUAUCAGGCAGUCGAUAUCGGCACAGCAUGCGGUUGGUGGUAUUGCCAUGGAGAACACUGUGGGCCCGCCGAGGUCUACUCCGAAUACGGGUUUGCCGCAUUCGCAGCCGCAGCUUGGUGCGAAUGGAUCGUUUAUGCAGCAGUUGGAGCUUUCAAUGUCAAAACUCGGACAGAACAGACUUUCCAUCGGUGGAAUUGGUCGCCCGUCUGGCGGCAGCGGCAUGCCAAAGGACUUAUAA